UACACUGAAAACAAGUCGGGCCGAAAACAAGUUAUCAACUGUCGUGUGUCUACCCGCAUCGUUGCAACAUUGAAUUAAAUUUUUUGAAAACGCUGCUGCAGAAUAAAGGACAUGGCAGACGAAGAGAAUUUACCACCUGGAUGGGAGAAAAGAAUGAGCCGUAGCUCAGGCAAAGUAUACUACUUUAAUCACAUCACCAAUGCCAGCCAGUGGGAACGCCCAGUUGGUGACGGCCGUGGAGAGCCAGAAAAGGUCCGCUGUUCUCACCUGCUGGUGAAACAUAAUCACUCACGUCGUCCAUCGUCCUGGAGGGAACAGAAUAUUACCCGAAGUAAAGACGAGGCGUUGGAUCUCAUUCAGAAGUACAUAGAACAGAUCAAGUCUGGACACGAGACAUUUGAGUCCUUAGCCUCGCAGUUCAGCGACUGUAGCUCAGCCAAGAACGGUGGAGAUCUGGGACCGUUCGGCAGAGGUCAGAUGCAGAAGCCUUUUGAAGAUGCCUCCUUUGCUCUGAAAGUGGGAGACAUGAGUGGACCCGUUUUUACCGACUCUGGAGUCCACAUCAUUUUACGUACUGGCUGAAAUCAGCGCGCACACACAAACACACACACACUCACACAUACACUGUCCCUCCCCACUAUGUAUUCACACAUUCAACCAACCAGCCCUGCAAUUUGUUUUUAGCGCCACAGCUGAUCUGAUGAGUAAAGCCGAUUAUUUUAGGUGGAAUGGUAGUUUUUUCCAAGCAUUACAGAGCAAGUAUGAAUAAUUACACUGAAAAUGAAAGAGUAUUUCAUAAAAGGCUUCAAGCUUUUAUUAACUGUGGUAAUCCUGGUCAAAUAAAUAUAAAAACCAGUAUCGUGUCUUUAAACACAAA